AUGGUAAUAAAAAAAUAUCUUAAUGUUGGAAAAUGUAAUCCUCUUGAAAAGUAUCUUGAGUCAGUAGAAGUUUCCUCAGUUGCAAUUUUUCUCUCUACAGAAUUUAAUCGGAUUACUGAACGAAAGAAGAUCCCUAAAAUUAAUUUUCUCGAUGUGAAACUUUUGCGUAAUGGUACUAUUAUUAACGAUCAUCAAUAUUAUUCUAUUGAAUCAAAACUUGAAAAUGCAGAGUAUAAACGAUUUAAUACAAAUAGUGGUGUAAUUACAGAAUUUCGACUUACUCUUGAAGCAUUUGUUCAUUUUACAUAUGAAUAUACUGAAGGAUAUUUAGUGGUUUGUGAUCUUCAAGGAAUUGAACUUGAUGAUAAAUUCUUAUUAACUGAUCCAGCUAUUCAUUGUAUUGAUUCUUUAAGAUUUGGAGGAACAAAUUUUGGUGAAGAUGGAAUUAAUAAAUUAUUCUUGGCAAAUCAUAGAUGUAACGAUAUUUGUAAACAACUAAAAUUACGUCAUAUUAA